ACAGGCGCCCGGCACAACGCGGCUAAUUUUUUUUUUCUUUUUUUAGAAAGAGAGAGGUAGUCUCCCUAUGUUGCCCAGGCUUGUCUUGAACUCCCGGGCUCAAGCGAUCCUCCCGCCUCGGCCUCCCAAAGUGUAGAGAUUACAGGCGUGAGACCCCGCGCCCUGCCAAAAGAGGGCUUUAGGGCACCCCAGAACGCGAGAUCCCCCUCAUCUCGCAUCUUUAAAGAGGAGGAAGUGGACCCCAAAUCGAGCGAUAGUCCAUUCGUCCCUGGCACGGUGACUGCCGGGAGGCCAAGACCAAAUGUGUCUCCUUCCGGCUUUUGCACCACACUAACUAACCGGCGCCAGGCCGCAGAGCCGCCCUGGCCUUCGGCGAGGACUUGGGCGAGUGCGGUGCACGCUGCUCCAGAGUCCCACCGCGGAAGUUGAGGCCGCGGAUUCUGAGGGCGGGGUGGAGCGGGUUCGGUAAGUACCCGGACCCGGUGAAACGCACUGCGUGGACUGCGCCUGCAUCCGCACUCAGCUUUUCAGCAGUCUUUCUUCAGGCCCUGAAAGCCGUCCCCACGCCGGUCUCUUUUUUCUGCCUUCUUGUUUCCCUCCGGCGAGUCGGCGCGACGGUGAAUUUCCGUUUCCGGCGGUGUCCAUGCUGAACUGAGGAGUCGCAGUUGCCAGCAGGUUCAGUACAGCGGGCUGGGGUUAGAGUUACUUGUUAUUGGUAAAUAGCUACAAUGGAGACUAAAGACCAGAAGAAACACAGAAAGAAAAACAGUGGGCCCAAAGCUGAAAAGAAAAAGAAGCGGCAUCUGCAGGAUCUCCGGCUAGGAGACGAAGAAGAUGCCCGGAAGAGAAAUCCCAAAGCUUUUGCAGUUCAGUCUGCUGUGCGGAUGGCUCGAUCCUUUCACAGGACUCAGGAUUUGAAGACAAAAAAGCAUCAUAUUCCAGUGGUUGAUCGAACUCCACUGGAGCCCCCACCAAUAGUGGUAGUGGUGAUGGGGCCUCCAAAAGUUGGAAAGAGCACUUUGAUACAAUGCCUCAUUCGGAACUUCACCCGGCAGAAGCUGACCGAGAUCAGAGGCCCUGUGACAAUUGUGUCAGGUAAAAAGCGCAGACUCACCAUUAUUGAAUGCGGGUGUGAUAUUAACAUGAUGAUUGAUCUGGCUAAAGUAGCAGAUCUGGUACUGAUGCUUAUAGAUGCCAGCUUUGGGUUCGAAAUGGAAACAUUUGAGUUUCUAAACAUCUGUCAAGUACAUGGCUUUCCUAAAAUUAUGGGAGUUCUCACCCACCUCGACUCCUUCAAGCAUAAUAAGCAACUGAAGAAGACAAAGAAGCGAUUAAAACACAGGUUCUGGACAGAAGUUUACCCGGGUGCCAAGCUGUUCUACCUUUCUGGAAUGGUGCAUGGAGAAUAUCAAAACCAAGAAAUCCACAAUCUGGGCCGUUUUAUUACAGUUAUGAAGUUUAGGCCUCUCACAUGGCAAACUUCUCACCCUUAUGUCCUGGCAGACAGGAUGGAAGAUUUGACAAACCCAGAGGAUAUCCGAACAAACAUCAAAUGUGACCGGAAGGUGUCACUUUAUGGUUAUUUAAGAGGAGCACACUUGAAAAAUAAAAGCCAAAUUCACAUGCCAGGGGUAGGAGAUUUUGCUGUGAGUGACAUCAGUUUCCUCCCAGACCCUUGUGCUCUUCCUGAACAACAAAAGAAGCGCUGUUUAAAUGAGAAGGAGAAGCUGGUUUAUGCGCCUCUUUCUGGAGUUGGGGGUGUGCUGUAUGACAAAGACUCUGUCUAUGUUGACCUUGGUGGCAGCCAUGGUUUUCAGGACGAGGUGGGGCCCACCCAUGAGCUGGUCCAGAGUCUCAUCUCCACCAUCUCCACCAUUGAUGCCAAGAUGGCUUCCAGUCGAGUGAUGCUGUUUUCUGAUUCCAAGCCACUUGGGUCAGAGGAUAUAGAUAAUCAAGGGGUAUUGAUGCCAAAGGAGGAAAAACAAAUGGACUUGAAAACUGGGCGAAUGCGUCGGAAAGCCAUUUUUGGAGAUGAAGAUGAAUCUGGAGAUAGUGAUGAUGAAGAAAAUGAUGAAAUAUCCGAAGAUGACGAGUUGGAAAACGGCUCUAGUGAUGAGGAAGCAGAAGAGGAGGAAAAUGCUGAGAUGACUGAUCAGUAUAUGGCUGGUAAGGGCGUCAAACGACGGAAACUUGAAGAGUUGGAAGAAGACAGUGAAAUGGAUUUGCCAGCAUUUGCUGACAGUGACGAUGACCUUGAGAGGAGCUCAGCGGAAGAAGGGGAAGCAGAGGAAGCUGAUGAAAGCAGUGAAGAAGAGGACUGCACUGCAGGAGAGGGGGGCAUUUCAGGAUCAAAGGCUGUUGGAGAAGGUAGUAAAGCAGGGCUGUCGCCAGCUAAUCGCCAGAGUGACCGUGUGAAUCUGGAGAAGUCUUUGCUGAUGAAGAAAGCAGCUCUCCCCACUUCCGAUUCUGGACAUUGCACAGCUGAAGAGGCGUUUGCAUCUGAAGAUGAAUCUGAAGAAAGCUCCUCACUCGGUGCAGAGGAAGAGGACUCAGAAAAUGAAGAGGCUAUUAGAAAAAAGCUUUCAAAGCCUUCUCAAGUGAGCAGUGGUCAGAAACUGGGGCCAAAGAACUUAAUUGAUGAGACCAGUGAUAUAGAAGAUUUACUCAAAGAGGAAGAAGAUUACAAGGAAGAAAAUAAUGAUUCCAAAGAAACCUCAGGUGCCCUCAAGUGGAAGGAAGACCUUUCCAGAAAGGCAGCUGAGGCCUUUCUGAGGCAGCAGCAAGCAGCUCCAAACCUCCGAAAGCUUAUUUAUGGGACAGUGGCAGAAGAUAAUGAAGAAGAAGAUGGUGAUACCCAAGAAGAGCUUGGAGGGUUGUUUCGUGUCAACCAGCCUGACAGAGAGUGUAAGCAUAAGGCUGACUCUUUGGACUGUUCUAGAUUUCUUGUGGAGGCCCCCCAUGACUGGGAUUUAGAGGAGGUUAUGAACAGUAUCAGAGAUUGCUUCGUGACUGGAAAGUGGGAAGAUGAUAAAGAUGCAGCCAAGGUCUUAGCAGAAGAUGAGGAGCUCUACGGUGACUUUGAAGACUUGGAAACAGGGGAUGUGCACAAGGGAAAAUCAGGUCCCGAUACUCAGAAUGAAGAGGUAGAGAAAGAAGUUAAGGAAGAAAUUGACCCCAACGAAGAAGAAAGUGCCAAGAAAAAGCAUUUGGAUAAGAAGAGAAAAUUGAAGGAGAUGUUUGAUGCAGAAUAUGAUGAAGGAGAAAGCACAUAUUUUGAUGAUCUUAAAGGAGAAAUGCAGAAACAAGCACAGCUGAAUCGCGCAGAAUUUGAAGAUCAAGAUGAUGAAGCCAGAGUUCAGUAUGAGGGUUUUCGACCUGGGAUGUACGUCCGCGUUGAGAUUGAAAAUGUUCCCUGUGAAUUUGUGCAGAACUUUGACCCCCAUUACCCCAUUAUCCUGGGUGGCUUGGGCAACAGUGAGGGAAAUGUUGGAUACGUGCAGAUGCGUCUGAAGAAACAUCGCUGGUAUAAGAAAAUCCUCAAGUCCCGAGAUCCAAUCAUAUUUUCUGUAGGGUGGAGGAGGUUUCAGACCAUCCCACUCUAUUAUAUCGAAGACCACAAUGGAAGACAAAGGCUUCUAAAGUAUACCCCACAGCACAUGCAUUGCGGAGCAGCCUUUUGGGGCCCUAUCACUCCACAGGGAACUGGUUUCUUGGCAAUACAGUCUGUCAGUGGCAUAAUGCCUGAUUUUCGGAUAGCUGCCACAGGAGUUGUCCUUGAUCUGGAUAAAUCCAUAAAAAUUGUGAAGAAAUUAAAGCUAACUGGUUUUCCAUAUAAAAUUUUCAAGAAUACUUCAUUUAUUAAGGGAAUGUUUAAUUCUGCCUUGGAAGUGGCCAAAUUUGAAGGUGCUGUGAUUCGAACUGUCAGUGGGAUAAGGGGGCAGAUCAAGAAAGCGCUCCGAGCUCCAGAAGGCGCUUUCCGGGCCAGCUUUGAGGAUAAACUGCUGAUGAGUGAUAUUGUCUUCAUGCGAACUUGGUAUCCUGUUUCCAUCCCAGCCUUCUAUAACCCAGUAACAUCUUUGUUGAAACCAGUGGGUGAGAAAGACACCUGGUCAGGAAUGCGGACCACAGGCCAACUCAGGCUCGCCCAUGGCGUCAGACUAAAGGCAAACAAGGACUCUCUGUAUAAGCCAAUCCUGAGGCAAAAGAAACAUUUUAAUUCACUGCACAUUCCAAAAGCCUUGCAGAAGGCCCUGCCAUUUAAGAACAAGCCCAAGACCCAAGCAAAGGCAAGCAAGGUGCCAAAGGACAGGCGGAGACCGGCCGUCAUACGCGAGCCUCAUGAAAGAAAGAUCCUCGCGCUGCUGGAUGCUCUGAGUACGGUGCACAGUCAGAAGAUGAAGAAGGCCAAGGAGCAGCGGCACCUGCACAAUAAGGAGCACUUCAGAGCCAAACAGAAGGAGGAGGAGGAGAAGCUGAAGCGGCAGAAGGACCUCAGGAAGAAGCUCUUCCGAAUUCAGGGGCAGAAGGAAAGAAGAAACCAGAAGUCCAGUUUGAAGGGGGCUGAGGGCCAGUUGCAGUGAGCCUUUGGACUGGAGGAACUGUCCCUGGAUCUGCGGAGGUGGAUGUUUCAAACAUCACAGUUUGAAUGCCUGUGAAUGACAAGUCAGUGGGCAAGAGCCCAAGAGAUGUCUCUACCCAAACUGUGCCUGCAAGAGGAGGAAUGGAGAAGCCUGGACUGCUGGGACUGGGUUCGUUCUCACCAGGGGGGGCUGUCGAGAUUUAAAGUGAUGUAAGCUGUGGUUAUGUGGAUUCUCUUACUUUCCUCUGCCUGCCUCAGUUUAAUUAUUUUGUCCUACAAAAAUAUCAUUAAAAUAUUUUUUGUUA